UACACCGUCCGGUAGGUGGCGGUAAUGCGCAUGCUGGUUACUAACCGCCAAUCAAAUCAAAGAAGAAGACGAAGAAGAAAAAGACGAAGAAGAAGAAGAAGAAGUAAACCCUCUAUAACAGAUACCAUGGAGACAGAGGUGGAGUUUUUACGUGACCAAGUUCACAGGUUAAAUUCUGUUCUCAGCCAGUAUCAGUUUGAAAACCAGUCCACAUCAUCUCAGCAGGUUGAGGAGGCCAGACGGUCUGAGUCUCAUGCACCCUGGAUCUCAGAUAGAAGCGUAAUGGCUCCUCUGAUCGCGGAGUAUGAUCGGCACAUGGAUGAAAUGACAGACCAGCUGCAGAGAUACCAGGUGCUGAUGACAGAUGUGAAGGUGAAGUUGGAGAGGGUUGUGAAAGAGAAUGAAAGGCUACAUGCAGAGUUGAGGGAGUCAGUUGAAAAACAGCUGAAUGCCCUGCCGGCAGCAGCAAAUGUGGAGAGCAGCACACUGGAGGAGGACCUAAUCAUCAAAAACCUCCAAGAACAGAUCCAGCUGUCUGAACAGGAACGGCUGCAGGCCAUGGAGCUAUGGCAGACUGCAGCACAUCAGCUGGACUGCCUUCAGCAGGUCUACCAGAAGACCAUCUCUGAUGAACAGAGUCACACUGCUCAGAGACAACAGCAAAGGGAUCAGCUUGUUGAGAUCAAGCAGCAGACACACAAACUUCAAGUGGCCAAUCACAGCCUGGAAGCAACAAACCAGCACUUUCUGAGGACUGUGAGAGAACAGAACAAGGAGAUGGAGGACCUACACAGCCAGCUGAGGCAAGCCAAGGCCGAGUGGAAGACUGCCACAGCAAAAGAGGAUGAGAUGGCCAAACUGCUCCAGAAUGUCCAGGAUCAGAUGAAGAGACAGGAGGAGGCUGUGGCAGAGUCUCAGGGCAGAGAGGUCGCAGCAGAGAGAAGGCUCCAACAACUUCAAGCUGCGUUGAUCCAGCUGGAGGCCAGGUUAAAAGCUGCAUCCCAGGAGGCAGUGACGGUCAGCAGAGAGCAAUCUGUGUGGGAGAAAAAGGUAGGGGAACUCCAGGUGCGUUGCACCACCCUUGAAGAGGAGAAGUAUGAGGCCAUGGCCAAAGUCCGAGAGAGUUCUCAGGUUGCCGAGGAAGCUGCAUUGCAGAAGGACCAGGCCCUGUUGAGAGAGAAACAGAAGACAGAAGAGCUGGAGAACACAAAGAAGGGCAUUAAAGUGUUAAUUAAGGAUGCUGCAGUCCGCACCAAAACAGAGGUGGAUAAUGUCCGAAAACAGUACAACUUUCAAAUCCACCGUAUGGCUGAAGAACUGUCUGCACUGCAGCUGGAGUCUGCCGACAAAGAGUCUCAGAUUCAAAGGUCGAUGCGAGAGAGAAAUGCGCUUGAGGAGGAGCUAGAAAAGGUGUACAAAGAGGGCCUGGCAGAGCCAGAGUUCAGAAAAAUUGAUGCUCUUCACCAAAGAUGUCUAGAUGCAGAAAGGAUGGCAGAGGACUUGAGCCUCACUCUGCAAAGCACUCAGAACAAACUGAAAAAAGAGGAGAUGUGCCACAGUGAGGAGCUGUCCCGGUGCCACGAGGAAGUGCAGCGUCUUCAGUGUUCUCUUGCUACAGCGAGGGACAACUGUGUUUGUGUCAGUGAUGAAAGGCUCAAGCUGCAACAAGAAAACUUUCAACUUCGCAAAGAGAUAGAUGAACUGCGCAAGGACUUCCAGUUGGUCCAAAAAAGAGCCAAACAACAGGUUUCACAGAUUGAGCAUAAGUACAGCUUGAAGGAACGGGGACUCACGACAAGGAUGCAGGAGCUGGAGGAGUGCAGCCGGAGCUCUAGUGCUGAUAUGAAGCGCCUUCUAAUAGCCCAGCAGAAAAGUACCCAGCAUUGGAAGGAAGAGUCCAAGAACCUGGUCCAGGCUUUUGAGACUAAAAUCACCAGCCUCAAGGCAGAGCUAAACCAUCAGAAGCGGCAUUCACACGAGCUGGAGAUGGAGCUUGAAACUGACCACAACACUGUUGCUGAGUAUGAGAGGCAGCUAGCAGAGUCCCAAGAAAAGAUGAGUCACUUACAGAAACGCCUGAAGCAGGUUGAACAAAAGGCAACUACAGCUACACAGCAGCUGAGUAUGAUGACCUCCCAAAAGAGGAAAACAGCCAUGGAUGAUCCAGAUCAUGUCUAACAGUAACUGUUGCUGUGCUUCAGCAGAAAGAAUGUGAUCAUCUGUGCCUUGUUUACUGUUUCCUUUUCUUUUGUUUAUAUGAGUUUAGAAAUUCAGCCAGUUCUAAGAUAGUUCUGUCUUUUUUAUGUAACAAUGUACCAUAGUUUAUCUGGUACAUUGUAUUUAUAUGGAUAGAAUGAUAUCUAGAAUGUAAUAAACACUUGUCAAUAAACAACUUUUAAAAUACA